AUGACUGAAAAAUUCCAUGUUGGUGCUCGACCUGCUUUGGAUAAAAAUUCCCAAACUGAUAAGACAGAACAGACUCUUGAAGUAGUAUCAGAAGUAUCCCUUCCGGCUACAGAGAUUCCAAAAAAGAAUAGUCAAAAAAGAAGGUUAAAAUAG